CUACCCGACCGCCCCAAAAGAGAUUAUAAAAACAAAUUAAAGUGCACCUUUUUCAAGUGUAUCUAUAUUGUUUUCGUGUGCCUAUAUUUCAGAACCACAUAACAAUGUAUAGGUACAGACAUGAAAUCAACGUGUUUUCAUCAUCAUGGUUUACUUCAGCAUGGAUGGGGGCGGUCGGGUAGCCUAGUGGUUAAAGCGUUCGCUCGUCACGCCGAAGACCCGGGUUCAAUUCCCGACAUGGGUACAAUUCGUGAAACCCAUUUCUGGUGUCCCCCGCCGUGAUACUGCUGGAAUAUUGCAAUUUUGAUCAGUUUACCAAAUCUAAGGCGACCAACUGACUGUAAGAAAAAUUAAUUAUCCAAAAAUUAGGAUAACCCUUGCGGAAGCGACACUGCGAUUCUGAAAGUUUUUAUACAUCUCACAUCAAAAUUAUAAGCUAUUAUUCACAAUUUAAAUAAUUAUUUUCCUCAGAAUGUUCAGGAUUGUAAUACCUCUGUAAUUAGAUUUACAAUUUACCCCCUCCCUUGUGUGUAGUGGUACUAUAUAUCAAUCAUAUAGACUAACGCUUAGUCUCUGAAAAUAUAUGUUGUCCAUAGAAACAAAGAACUCCAUUUAAAUUGAAAAAGGUGUCCCAGUGAGACGGUGGAUUGAAGAAAAUCUAGACUUGCUUCAUUUAGAGUUUUUGCGUUACAGGGCUGGGCUGGGGAAUAAUAUGUUUCAGGGACGGUGAGGCAGACCAAUCAUAUGGCCCAUAUGAUGAUGGAAGUACACAUCCCUACAGUCCACUUAGUAAGACUGUAAGAUAAGGCAAUAAAAUAUUACUAGGCAAUAAAAUAUGUUAUCCAUAUUUUUUGUCUAUUCGUUAUUUUGUCUUCUAUAUAUUUUGUUAUUUGUCAAAUUCUAAGAAAUCUCUAUCAAACCAUACAAUAUCACUACAUUUUAAUUUUAAACACCUGUUCCAAAUCAAGUUAAACCCAUGAACAGAUACAUUAUGUAUCGUUAGUGAGUCAACAAGUCAAUUAAUUGUGAUUCAAUUAUUUAAAAACAAGAUAUUUUACAUUCUCGCAUAUUAACGACCUUCAUGCACAUACCAGAUUAAAUUUUAAUCAUGCAUUUCAUAUUUCAUAGUUGUCGAUACUUUUCAGAAAUAGUUCUUAUUGCAGUGCAUAAAAUAAUUUCUUUUUUCACUGUUAAUGUCAAUCUAAAUAUUCCUGCGGUAAGAUUUUUGCUAAGUUCGGCGAAUCAUUGGGAGAGUGAAAGCGCAAACCAAACUCAAAUGUGUAUAUAUCAGCUGUUCUUGACAGAUAUGAAUAACUUUAUGCAAGCACGGGUGUACAUAUAUAUACAGUAGACCUACGUCAUCCAUCACUGCCUAUAGUUACAUCAGAGACCAUUAUUUUAUGGUCUCCGGUUACAUAGAGCAUAAUUUCAUUUAAGAUUUCUAUAGUUCGGAGAUUAAUGAUUCUGUCGCGAUGAUUGGUGAUUACUAAAACCCUUUCACCGGGAUCAUUCAAUUGACUCCACGCGUUGACAGUUUUGACAGGUGCGCUACGAGUCAACGAGCAGUGACCUAAAAAUAGAUCACAGCGCUGCAUCCUGGGAUAGGUGAAGGUGGCAAUUUCAAAUCAAAGAAAUGGCUGUAUCGGAUUCAUCGCCUGAACUUAGGCGCUUUGAAAGAACUAUCCCUUUGAGGCAAUCGCGUGGGAAUAUAGGUCCUUUCCGUGCUACACAAAUAUGGAACGAGAUAAUCUCUCAUGUAAAGAGCAAAGUGGAGCUGAAGCGUCGUCGCUACAAGAUGAGACACUAUGACAACACAUUCACCGGGACAGAUGCUGUGGACGUUGUCCUUCACUAUCUCCUGAGUGACAAGGAAACAUUCUGUACGGACCUGUCUCGGGACAAGGCAGUCAAGGUGUGCCAGAUGUUAAUCAACCAGAAUGUUUUUGAGCCAGCCAGCUGCAGGUCCAGUGAAGGCAAAAAACUGUUUGAGGACAGUAACAGUAAAUUAUACAGAUUUGUGGACUCUGACAAGGAGAACAAGGAUGAUAGCCCACUUGACGACAGUGAGGCAUCUACAAUGGAUGACUCUUCAGACUUCAAAUCUGGGAAAGAUCUGAGAAUCAACCCAGCAUUUGAGCCUGACCUACUUGAGGAUGAUCUAUUGUGUAACCCGCUAGCAUUGCAGCAGUCGGCCUCUGUCAUGCAGGAACUCAUCAAACUAGGCAGCUCUAUACGAUGUAAAAGUGCAAGCUCUCUCAAGUCAAUUGAUCUCAAACGUACACGAUCGUCAGACAGUCAGGAAAUAUCACCAGAAGUGGUGGAGGAGACCUGGAAGGAGAUAGCCCUGGCUGAGCUUCUGACAAUAGUGGACAUCAUGUUCCUUGAUGGUAUCCUCAGUGAGGAGAAGGAAAACAAGCGCCAGCAGCGUCGUAACAUCAUCAUCUCAAACGUUGUUGCCAAACACAGUGUAAUGCCCUUCUUGGAGGGUUCCGACACUACUGACUGCGUCAUGCAGGCAGCCUUUGACUGUAUUGAAUGUCUACCUAAGGGAAUGGCCCUCUUAGCAGAUGAUACCCUCAAACAGGCAGGGACACAAACAAAACUGAAACUGUUUAAAAUUAUAUCCAAGUAUUACCAAGACCUGUCAGACCCUCUGCUUCCAGAGAGGUUUUUUGAUCUGCACAUGGCCAUACUGAACCUGAUACUGACUGGGAGGGAGGAGACUGGGCUGCUGGCCCUGAAGCUAGACGUAGUGCUGUUGCCAUGGGCUGUUCGGGAGGAGCUGCAGAGGUUACUCAAGUUUAUGUUGGCAAUUGCCAAGGACAACACCUUCAGGAUUGAUGUCCAGGAGACAAAUGAAGUGAUAGUUUUGAGAACAUUCAGCGGCUGCAUUUUCAAGCACAAGGUGUUGUCAUCCAGUGUUGGAGCAGAGUUGGUGCAGUUCUUCCUCAACCACCUCUCUGAUAUCUUCAUCGUACCCCGUUCCAUUAGACAGAAGGUUGCCUUCCGACUAUAUCAGGUCAAAACAGGCAUUAUGGAAAUAGUCAGUGACUCGACAUUCUGUAGCCGAGUGACCCAAGAGGAAUAUCAGAAGCAGUCUGAAGAUGGAACAAAGGAAGCCCUCAUAGAAAUGAUGAACUCAGUGUUAGACGAUACACAAGUCCCACUUAAAGAAAAGAAACAGAGAUUAAAAUGUUUUCAAAAGAUAUAUCCAGCUCUUUACGAAAAGUACUUCCAGGGCCUCAUUUGAACAAGGGCUGAAUGAUAUACUGAUGGUGCUAUAGACAGAUGUGUAUAAAUGUAUUUAACUGAUUACACUGUCAGAAAUGUUUUCACUGAAACUGAAUAUCCAAGUCUCCAGGCAACGAAAAGUUGUCUUUGAAUGAAGCAUGACAAGAGAUACAAGUCAUACAAGUAUCAACUUCAUCAACUGAAGAAAAUGUUUUUUCUGAAUAUGUACUUGAAAGACAUGAACAGUGCAGAAGAGUUUAGAAUAUGAAACAAACAAAAGUAUAUUUUCUGUGAGUGUGCUGAUGGCGUCAAGGACCAAGUGUUUCUUUACAUCAACUGGUGUUAUCAAAACAUGAUUUGUGAGAUAAUUAGAAUAUUUAUUCAUCAAAGGUUGUGUUUAUGGUUGUGCAUUCUGCAGUUAUAGAUUUGAUUUCCUCUGAGUGUCGAGGGGAAUGAAAUGUGUGUAGAUGUUAGGUUUCUUGUUUCUGAAAGUAACAAACUCAACAAGCUCAUUUACUGCAUCCUCUCUAAUAUUGUGCAAUUCCAUAGCUGAGUGCAAUAUCCAGCCCUUGCCAAAUAGCAGCAAAUAUGUUACUUUUCAAUUCUAAUGACCUUCCUGCAGGGAGAGUCCACUAGCUUGAGUUGGUUUCGCCUAAUGUUAAAAAUAUCUCUCUGAGGGUCUAGUGGUCCUUUCUUAUAAAUAUCUUUCUUUCAGUACAAUUAAAUACAAUACUGUGGGAAACGUACCUGUAAUCAAUGGACAUUAGAGAGUCACACUGAAACUAAGGCACCUUACCCGAUGAGCAUAUUUUUAAUAAGAGAAGCACCAAUUGUAGACAUCAGUAUUUAACAAUCAUGACAAUUUUGAUUUCUUGUUUUGGGCUGACAUGUUCCUGGGUCCACUUGUACCCCUGCUUUCAUUAUGCAUUUUAAGAGGACAUAUGCCUUUUGACUUAUCGGAGUAGAAGAGCUUGACACCUGUAACUUAGUGUAUUUCUAGUCCUGUCUCAGACCUCUACCUUCACUUCGUUAUUUCCAUAAGAUUUGAACUAUUACCUUUGCUCAUUACAAAAAUAUUCCACGUUUGGGAUUUUGCAAAGUUAGUAUUGUUCACUGAUGAUCAUAGUGCAAUAGCAUUUACCUUCAUGGAUCAGUGUGUUAUUUCAUAAACUUCUGAAACUGGACAUUCAUUGAGCCGUACAAAAUGGAGGAGUCAUACUUUGUUCUUAGUUUCAUUUAGGUUUCGUUCCUAUUGGGAUUCUCAUACAAACUUUAGCCUUCAUUUCUUUUGAAAAUAAGAAUCAAUGAUUUGAAGUGCUCAUUUUCAUCAGUCAUAAAACACAUCUAGUAUCAGGUGUUGUUGAUCUCACUGUACUAAUACUCUGUCUCAAAUUGAAUUUUUAGAGCUCAAUGUCCAUUUUUGCUGACUUGUUUCAAUCAUUUAUUUUGAUAUGAUCAGCAUAUAACUUAUAGGUGUCUGUACAUAUAAACUAUUAUUAUUAGGGCAUUUUAUAGAAAACUGAAAAUUUGUAAAAAAAAAUCCUUGUGUUUAUUUGAAAGGGAUCUCAAAACUGUUGAAAAUGUGGAGAACUGAGUGUGAUAUUUUCAUAAUCAAAACAAUGUGUGAUAAAGUGUAGAAAUUGUAUAUACAAGUCUUGAUUUGUAGUAUAUCAUGUACAGGAUUGACUGACUGUUUCAGUACCAAUAGUGCUAUUGUAUUGUUUUUGUAAAUAAAAGUAUAUUAACCAAAGGUUUGUAAUCCCAUCAGAUAUAUAUACAUAGACAUAAUAAAUGAAUAACUGUACACUGUUUCAU